UCGGCUCUCUUAAGGGACAGUCAUUCUGUUAGAGGCUUAUAUAGAAGGGUUUUAUUCUAGUUCAGUUAAGGGGCACAGUUAUUCUAGUUCAUAAUCUAACGUUGUAGAAACAGGCUUUUUAAAUGGGAGUCGGAGCUGAGACCACAGCAGUCGUCACGCUAAGCAAGCUCCCCGCGGAGCGUGAAGAUGGGAAGGAGGACGCGAAGGUAGCUUUCCGCAUCAGUGAGGAGGUGGCGGUGAAGUCCGACGAUGUGGAGCACGAAGAGGAGGACAAAAGGGGAGUAUGGAGCCGGCGACUCGAGUUCGUCCUUGCCUCGGUGGGCUACGCGGUGGGACUGGGCAACGUUUGGAGAUUUCCGUACCUCUGUUACCGAAGCGGCGGAGGGGCCUUUCUGAUCCCUUACCUGAUUAUGUUGUUUCUGUGUGGCGUUCCUCUGCUCUUUAUGGAGUUUGCUAUCGGACAGUACACGCGGCUGGGCCCGGUCCACGCCCUGUCCCAGAUAUGCCCCCUGCUGAAAGGUGUGGGACUGGCCACAGUGGUUAUUUCUUUCGUGCUCUGCACCUACUACAACGUGUUGAUGACCUGGGCGCUCUACUACCUUUUCAACUCCUUCGGAGACUCGCUGCCAUGGCAAUCGUGUAACAACACCUGGAACGCCAUCGGCAACUGCUCCACCGGUUUCCCUGGAAACGCCACCCACCUGCAGUCUGCCAGCCAGCAGUAUUUUGAUCGCCGGUUACUCGAGAUGACUCGGGGAAUUGAGGACGCUGGAGAAAUGCGCUGGGAGCUCUUCGGCCUCCUCAUCCUCGCCUGGCUCAUUGUUUACUUUUGCAUCUUCAAAGGGGUCAAGUCCACAGGAAAGGUGGUGUACUUCACAGCAACAUUUCCAUAUUUCAUCUUGUUUGCAUUGUUGAUUAAUAAUGUCCAGCUGCCAGGGGCAAGGGACGGCAUUCUCUUCUUCCUCAUGCCGAAGUGGAGCAAACUACUGGAGGUCCAGGUUUGGGUGAAUGCAGCAGCUCAGAUCUUUAACUCCAUUGGGAUUGGAUUUGGUUCCAUGAUAUCCAUGGCAAGUUACAACAAAUUCAACAACAACAUCCUCAGGGACACGUUCAUCGUCUCCGUGUUGAACUCUGCCACCAGUAUUCUGGCCGGAUUUGUCAUCUUUUCCGCCAUUGGCUACAUGGCUCACCUACACAAUCUUCCAGUGGAUGACAUUGCCACUGACGGUCCUGGGUUGGUGUUUGUCGUUUAUCCUGAGGUAUUUUCUACGAUGCCAGUUGCCCAGCUGUGGGCCUCUCUCUUCUUCCUCAUGUUGCUAUGCCUGGGACUGGACAGUCAGUUUGCCAUGGUUGAAGUGGCGAUUACGUUUCUGCUGGAUGGCUUCGGUCCGAAGAUCUUACGUGUGCUGAAGCGGAAAGAGCUGCUGGUUCUGGCCGUGUGCACUACUGGGUUUCUGCUUGGGAUUCCCCACAUCACACAGGGUGGAAUCUAUGUUUUCCAGCUGAUGGAUCACUACACUGCUGUCGUCUCCCUCAUGUUCUUGGCUUUCUUCGAGGUUCUCGCUGUCACUCUGAUUUUUGGGGUCAGGCGUUUGAGCGUAAUGGUGGAGAGUAUGCUGGGGAGAAAACCACACAUGUAUUUCUGUGUGUGCUGGCAGUUCCUCUCUCCCAUGCUGGUACUGGGUAUCUUGAUCUCCAGUGUAAUUCAGUACACUCCAGCGCGUUAUGGGCGGACCUACACAUACCCGUUGUGGGCGGAGUUUCUGGGAUGGUGCAUCUCUCUGGUUUCCAUCAUAUGGAUUCCACUGGGAGCCAUUCACGAGAUGUGGAAAAAUACAGGCUCAUUCAGACAGAGACUUAAGGUAUCCCUGACUCCCACUGUGGACCUGAAUGCCACACCCAUGCUGACUGACAGGCAGAAGGCGGAGUCUAUAGCCCUGUUCUCUGGUCCUCUCUGAGAUUCCGUGUGUUUGUGUUUGUGUCUGAAGAAACGGUUUCCUUGCCUUUCCAGUUUAUACUUCUUAUAUUUAUUUUUUUGUAUCACCAAAAAACUUCAUGUAAAAAAGAAAAAAAAAGGCUUUAUGUACAAAAAAUUCUUGUCAUUUGAACAUCAUACAAAAAUGACAUUUAGAAGUUUGAGUUGUCUGCACAGACAUACCAAAGAUUAGUUAAGUGCUUUGCAUUGUAUGUUUAAGUCAUCAUCGUUAAUUAUAAUUCUUACUACUCUCUGGGGACAUUUGUCUGACCCCGCCCCCUCCCUGGUCAUCUCCUUCUGACUCCGCCCCCUUCCCCUUUUCUCAUUGGUGGUGUUUUGCCCUUCUCUUCCUAAGUGGUAGCAGUGGUUAUUGAAAGGAUAUCUCACAGAGUUGUAAGACCUCUAAUUAGAUAUGACAUGCAAUGCAAAAGAGAGAGAAAGGGAGAGAAUAGGGGGCGGGACUUUGUUUUGAUUGGUUGUUUGAGAUGUCCUCGGUCAGUUAACCACAUAUAGAUAGAACACAUGCUUUUCUUCAUAGUGACAGAAUUUGACUCAAGGCGAUUCACGAUUUUUCUGUUUUUUUUAGUUUGUUUUGUUUUUAAACAUACUUUGUUACAUAACUAAUUUCAGUUAUCUCAUGCAUUAUUCUCUUUAACAUGUUAUUUCAAUGUAGUGCGUCUUAAAAAGCAGAUAUUUACAGAUUUUGUGGUGUUGUUGAUAUUUCUGUGGUAUUAGUAGUAUUACCUUCAGAUGGUGACUGAGUCCCGUGGAAUUAAAACGGUGCAAUAUCGCCCUCUGGUGGAUGUAAGGAAACAUGGCGCUUUGGACCACUGCCAUGUGUUAGCUGGCUCUGAGUCUCGUAGUGUUGAUUUAACAGAAGAGAAUGCACUGUGGAGUUAGACUGAGGGAAUUAUGCCUAACUGUUGAUCUAAUGCUAUCGUAUGGACCUAGUGACAGUUAAGGGAGGUUAUUGAGUCAUGUGGACUUUUAUAGAGCAUGUCUUCAUGAAUCUGGCAACCCAACAUCAAUCUGGCAACCUAUGUGCUGCCUGAAUUUGCACUUAAACCUGAUGCUCCUUAGUAAACGUUAUGUUAUGAGGGGCAUCAUGAGAUUAGACUGAAGCUGACUCAGCACUGUUGGACAUGAUGUAUUUAGUUUGAUAAUAUCAAACACAGGUUACGGGUCUGUGUGCUCUAUACAAUGCAGAAGUGAGAAGAUAUGCCCAUUUUAACAAUUCAAACAAUCAUUUUUCUCUUUAAUCCUGCUAAAAUGUUUUCUGUUCUUGUGGCCUUAUUUUCCCAUGAUGCCCCUGCCUGUCAGAGAGACAGGACAUGUUUUGCACAGUGAAUGUUGGUAGAGGAAGACUUGAAUUCAAAUGCAUCCCUCAAAACCUGUAAGUGUGAUCAGGUUCAUUCAGUUGUAAGCUCACUGGACUGUGUGAAACACAUACUGAAAACAUCGUGUGUGUGUGUGUGUGUAUGUGUGUAUGUGUGUGUGUUGCACUGUUAAGAGAUCCAGGCUAAACACAGUCACAGAGCUGAGACAGGGACCACAUGCAAGAGCAUUCACACGCCACAACAACGUCACAUGAUUAUAUAUGUUUAAAAGAAAAAAAAAACGCAUAGUUUAUGAUAUUUUUUUUUUUUAUUAUCGUUAACAAGAUAAAGAAACCAAACACACGGUGUGAACUCAGAGUCCUGUCUGCUUUUUGUUUUUCUGAAUGAACUUGAAAUCUGGUCGCUCUGUCUUUGUGUUUUGUUUUUCAUUUUAAUCUGCAAAAUGUGUGUUUACAGGUGAAUGUGUCAGUAGCAUCCUUAACCAUUAGUGUCCUGUCAGAACAGUGACCCCAGCGUGGAUGCACCAUGCAAUGGCUGUGUUGGCAUUAUUAACAUACUUUUAUUGUUGUUGACAGACUGCGGAACGAAUGACAAACGUUUGUGUAAAGCACAUUUACAGUGAUGGUUAAAAAGUUAAAGGUUUUUCAUGUCUUUUUUUUUUUUUUUUUUUCUUUUCACAGUUUUGGUUAAGAGUUUUUAAAAAAAAAAAAAAGGUCCUUAUUUUUUUAUUUUGAAAUAAUUUGGCAAAACUGCUUAGAUGUUUUGAUGUUCUCUGACCACCGUGAAGGAAACGGUCCUGAUUACUGACAUCUUGUGUUUUACGUUUCCGGAAGUUUCUCCCUGCUCAUGUGUUUUCUCCUGUCCUGUCUCAGUGGUUUUGUCUCUGAGCUGGAGAGACACAGCAUUCUUCUCCGGGGGCCCAGGCAUGUAUACAGGUUUUAUAUUCCAGCCUUACAUACACACAGAUUACUGGUUUAAUCCAGAGGGGUCACUUUAUGUUGGAUUGAGGUGUGUCAGAUAAGGAUUAGAAUUGGAAUUUCAGUCAAAUCCCGUAAGAGUGAGGAGAACUUCCUGGCCACGGCUCGUUAUCAUGUUGG